AUGGACAAUGGCACGCUCAGCGGGUUCGCCGUAGAAUAUAAAGAUGAUCUGCAGGUUCGCUUGGUCAAUGGAGGUUCUGACAAAGAAGGUCGAGUAGAGAUUCUUUACCUUGGUGCGUGGGGGACAGUCUGCGAUGACAACUGGGAUCUUAAUGAUGCAAACGUAGUAUGCAGAAUGUUGGGUUUCGAAAGGGCAGAAAACUACUCCUGUUGCUCUGCCUUUGGACCAGGAACUGGACCUAUACUCCUGGAUGAAGUUGAAUGUGAAGGCACAGAAUCCAACAUAGGCCAUUGUCGAAGAAGUGAUUAUGAGACUCACGACUGUGACCACUCCGAAGAUGUAGGAAUAUCGUGCAUUGCAUUUGAUAUAAAUGAAUGUCAGCAGACCGGUGAACAAUAUCCGUGCGACGCCCUCAACGGUGGAUGCACAAAUACCAAGGGUUCAUACUUCUGUACGUGUGCUUCUGGAUAUCGCCUGAAUAUUGAUGACACUUGUCAAGAAGUGAUUCAAGCAUCUUCUUCAACCAUGACCAUGAAGUCAACAGACAUUUUGCCACCUAGCAAACAAACCGGUUUAUCAAAGGCUGCGACAUAUGGUUUAUUCGGAUUCUUAAUCGUCUUGGUAUUCUGUAUCCUCCUGGUUUGUAUCAUCGUGACGUUAAGAAUGCAGAAAUACAGGCGAUCAGCAAAAGAAUCCAGCAGAAGUCAGAUGGCCGAUAAGAAUUCUGAUACAGCAACUCAGAACUGUUACAACGGACCACAGUUCGAUGGGGAAGCGUAUUUGGAACUUGACACUGUCCCUGGCUCGCGAACUCAAGGAGGAUCUUCAAGCAAUCAGGAUGGACUAUACGAAACACCACAACCUGUUGUCAAUGACGACAAAACCUACGAAAAUAUUCGAAUAUAGAUUGAUUUAAUCCAUCCAAUGAUAAAAACCUAUUCCCAAUGCGUUGGCAUAAUGUAAAACCCUGAAUAUAAUGGAACCCAUGGUUCGUACAUUAUCAAAGGUAUUUUUGUAUUAAGCAGAUAAAUCACAUCGGGUAUAUAAUGAUUACUAUUAAUGAACUGAACUCUACGGCCCAAAUUCACGAAAUAUUCUCAAACCAGGUGGCAUGGCACAGCCAUGGACAAGUAUCCAGAUUCAUCGUACACUGUAAAAAUCAUUGCAACUUGCCGAACUACUCUCCACUGUAAAUGUUACAAUGUGUUGGUGUUAAAAUACACUGGCCGUUAAAUUUA